AUGUGGGUAUAUUCUGUUUUGGUGGUACUAUUGUGCGUUACACUCAGGACAGGAUUAUGCGCCCGGGAAACAGACGAUUUCGACCCAUACCCAAACAAGAAGGCAUCCAAUCGGCCCAUAGAUGAAAUUAAGGAAGAACAAGAGAUCGAGUAUUGGAGGAAGACUGCCAUCAACGUGGUGAAUGACAGAUUAUCCGUUAAAGUCAACACAAAUACGGCCAAAAAUGUGAUUCUGUUUUUGGGUGACGGAAUGUCGAUUCCUACGAUCGCUGCGGCAAGAGUGUAUCUUGGUGGAGAAGAAAAGCAACUGGCUUUCGAUAAAUUUCCAUACACAGCUUUAUCCAAGACAUAUUGCGUCGAUCAUCAGGUUCCAGAUUCGGCAUGCUCGGCCACAGCCUAUUUGUGCGGAGUUAAGGGGAAUCUAGGAACAGUUGGUGUUGGUCCCGCCGUCCCUAAACAAAACUGCACCUUAAUGACCAACAUCGAUAAUCACGUAGACUCGAUUGCGAGACUUUUCCAACUCAAAGGCAAAAAGUCUGGUUUAGUUACUACCACAAGAGUUACACAUGCUUCUCCAGCAGGUGUGUACGCGCAUACUUCCACCAGGCAAUGGGAAAGUGACAGCAAAAUUUUGGAGUAUGACGAAGACCCAAGUGUUUGCAGGGACAUAGCAUAUCAGCUCGUUUAUGGGGAUACUGGCCAAAAUUUGAACGUCGUUUUGGGUGGUGGAAGACAAAUGUUUUUACCUAAGGAAAUCGUCGAUGAAGAAGGUGAACCAGGUCACAGAUCUGAUCAUAUCAGUUUGAUAGAAGAGUGGAAAAAAAUGAAGACUGAAAGGAAACAAGCUUAUCAGUACAUCUGGAACAGAACCGACUUGCUUUAUAACGUCAAAAAUGAGACCGAUUAUUUGUUAGGUUUGUUCGCAUCGAGUCAUAUGCCAUACAACCUAGACAGAGACGAAGAAAAGCAACCGUCAUUGGCAGAGAUGACCGAAGCCGCUAUUAAUGUCUUGCAGAAAGGAAACGAAGGAUUUUUCCUUUUCGUGGAAGGAGGACACAUCGAUCUGGCCCACCAUGAAUCAUUUGCACGAAAAGCUCUGGACGAAACCCUUGAAUUUUCUAAAGCUAUAGAGAAAGCAAUUGAAAUGACCAAUGAUCGUGACACUUUAAUCGUUGUAACUGCUGAUCAUGCUCACACUAUGAGUGUCAGCGGACAUGGAGAAAGAGGGAGUGACAUCUUUGGUUAUGCAGGUGUUGGUUCCGAUGACAUUCCAUAUCCAAUAUUAAACUAUGCUAACGGACCAGGUUAUAAACCCUUGAACAAAGAUGGGAAAAGAUAUGUUCCUUCAAUAGAUGAAAUGAGACACUCAGAUUUCCGAAUGCCUUCCAAUGCACCCCUUUUAUUUGAAACUCACGGUGCUGAUGAUGUUCCAAUUUAUGCUAGAGGUCCCAUGGCUCAUUUAUACAGAGGAGUUAUGGAAGAGAAUGUUAUACCGCAUAUAAUGGCUGUUGCUUCUUGCGUUAGCAAUGAUAUAAACUGUGAUGAAAUCAACAAAUUAGCUUAAAAGUACAAUGUUUUAUCAAAUGCAAUGAUUAGUUAGUUAAUUACUAUUUUUAAAUUAAAACACCAAUCACAAAUUUCACCAGUACAAAAA